GUGCCUCCGGCAACCUCUCCGUCUGGAGCACGCACCCACACGCACGCACACAGACACAAACGAACCCUGCCGCGAGUCGCUCGCGACGCACACGCACCCGGGCGACAAUGUCGCGCGAGAUCGAGUACAUGGAGGAGGAGUCGAUCCCCUGCCCGAUCGUGCUCCUGCGGGGAGAGAUGCUCACCGAGGAGAUGGACGGGCUGUACCGUGUCACCACCAAGGAGAACGCCGUGUCUGACAUACUUACCGUCCGCCUAGCCUGCGGAGCCGGCGACGCCGCCACCUUCUCAGGGUCGCGGUUGUACUACGAGGCCCGGGUGGAGUCGGGUGGCGCGGUGGUGCUCGGCCUGGCCGGCCCUGGGUUCGACGAGGGGGUAGAGAACCAACCAGAGCGGCCGGGGGUCGGGGACGUGAUGCCGAGCUGGGCGUUCGACGGCGCGCGCAGGAGGAAGCGCACCCGGCAGAUCAGCAACAUGUACGGGCAGCGGUGGAAGGCCGGGGACAUGGUGGGCGUGCUGCUGGACAUCGACACCAAGGAGAUCUCGUUCAGCCUCAACGGGAAGGAUCUCGGCCCGGCCUUCACUCUCAACGACGAGGAGGUGAAGGGCCUAUACCCGGCCGCCUCCCUCCACUUCGGCCAGGCCGUCGUUUUCAACUUCGGGCGGGCGCCGUUCGAGUACAACCCUCGCGAGCGCGGCAGCAAGCCCCAGGAGCCGGCCAUCAUCGAGGCGCCCGCCAAGCCCAAGUCCCGCCGGAAGUCGACGCCGACAAAGCCUGCCGCUGCUGCCCCCGUCCCCGCCGCACCUGCUCCUGCUGCUGCUGCUUCUGCUGCUGCUGUGGGUCCGAGGGCCGGGAAGGGCAAGCGUGCGAAAGGCGAGAGCGCCGGCGCCGGUGGGGCAGACGGCGUCGACGACGAGCCCGCCAGUGACGGUGACGCAGAGCCCGUGUACGUGGACAAGAAGGCGGCAGAUGCCACUGGUGGUAGCGGCAGCGGUAGCAGCAGCAUGAGGUCAAACGGCCACACCCAGGCUGGCGGCCGCGGCAAGGGCAGCAAUAACGCCUCCUCCGCCGGUGUGGACGUCGAGUCCGAGGCGCAGGCCGAGUUCGACCGACAGACGAAGGAGAUCGACGGCCUCCUCAGACACGAGACGCUGCUGGAAGGCAUGCACGAGAUGCACACGAGGCACCGGCGGGAGCGCAAGGCCCUUCUCGCCACCCAACGCAAAGAGGGGCGUUCCCCGUCCAAAGGGGGUGCCCCCCCCCCUUUUUUUCGAGGGAUUUGUGACAAGCGGCGUUUUGGUGGCAGGGUUUGA